CAUGUACAUACAGCUGUGAUCGAUGUUAAUCUUUAGAUCCAUUAAGUAAAAUACACUUGUUGUUUAUGUGGAACACUACCACAGAUGUGGAACACUUACACAGAUGUGGAACACUACCACAGAUGUGGAACACUUACACAGAUGUGGAACACUUACACAGAUGUGGAACAGCAGGUGUUUUACGACACUUUCCAGUCUGAAGGUAAACACACACCUGGUUGGUCAUUAAACUUUCCAGGAGGAUCAAGUGAAAGUGAAAGUAGAAGUGACGGUCUGACUUCACUCCUCUCUGAUUGUAGACGGACUCGCAGGUUUUCCAGCAGAACUUUACACAUUAUUCACUUCUUACUGGUUUAUCUGAAGCUUUCGGAGAGUACAGUGUUCCUGCUGCCAUGAUUCCAGCUCCACCACUGAGAUGGGUUUUACUGUUUCUCUUUCCGACUCUCAGCCAUCAGACGUCUGGAUCAUUUUCAGUGGAGGUUCAGUCUCCAGCCUCAGGGUUCCUUGGUUCCUCUGUGUCUCUACACUGUGCUCUUGUAAACAACAUGGAUGCUCGAAACCUGGAAGUGAGCUGGUACCGUCCCAGAAUGCAUAACACCCCGAUCCUCUCCUACAAGAACACACAGAUCCAGAAGAGUCCUGUAGAUGUUCAGUACCAGGGCAGAGUGUUCCUGUUAGGAGAACUGGAGAAAGGAGAUGUCUCUCUGAAGCUGGAGAACCUGACGCUAGCAGAUAGAGGAGAAUACGUGUGCCAUGUGAGCAGUGAUAACUGGUACGACGAGGCCACGGUGUCCCUCACAGUGAGAGUGGUGGGAUCCACUCCUGUUCUCUCUUUAACUGGAGCAGGAGGAGGACAGAUAAACGUUAGCUGUCAGUCACAUGGGUGGCUUCCUGAGCCGUCAAUCACCUGGACAGAUAAAGAGGGGAGAGAUCUGAAACAUCUGAGCGAAGACAAGUUCACCAACAGUUCUGAAGGGGUUGUAGAUGUGUCCUCGUGGCUGAUUGUGUCUCCCUCGGCGUCUGAGUGGAUGUCCUGCUCUGUGGGUUUGUCUGAUCAGGAGAGAAAAGAAGGCAGAAUAAAGCCACACGCCCCUGCAGGUGUCACGGAUUCGUGGAAUGGAUACUUCAUUGUGAUUCCCAUUCUUCUUCUUCUCCUUCUUCUUCUGCUGUGUGCUGCCGGAAUUACAGUGUAUUGUAAAAAAGGUCUGAUUUUCUCCAAGAGAAAAUGGACAGAAUAUACAGAAGGAACUCCAUCAGAAACUGUACCUCUGAGUAACAUCUGUAUGGAGAAUCAGGAUCAGAAUGAUGCUCCAUCUAUCAUUCCUCAUUCUGUGGUUGUAGAAUCCAGAGAAGAGGACCCAGGAUCCAGCUCCUUCUCCUCACCAGGGUUCUCCACUGCUGGUUCAACCACUGAUAAACCAAACUUCACUGCCUCUGUCUCACAUUUCAAACCUGCUGCCCCCAUGUCAGAGAUGGAACCUUCUGCUAUCACCUCAAAUCCCAUAACUGCUGCCUCCAGAUCAAAUCCCACCCCCCCUAUCACCAGCUCAAAUCCCACACCUGCUGCCCCCAUGUCAGAGAUGGAACUUUCUGCCAUCACCUCAAAUUCCACACCCACUACCACCAUUUCAGAGACCUUGCUUUCUGACAGACCCUCAAAUCAUACAACCUCUGCCUCUGCCGCAAAUCCCAGACUCACUAUCACCAGCUCAAAUCCCACACCUGCUGCCACCCCCUCAAAUCCAACACCUGCUGCCACCCCCUCAAAUCCCACACCUGCUGCCACCAACACAAAGCACACUACCGCCAUCUCAGAACCCAGACUUGCAGCCAUUAUCUCAACUCCCACAACUAGUGCCACCCCCUCAGAGCCCAGAUCCAUUGCCACCAUCUCAGAACCCAAACGUAUUAUCAGUAUUUCAAAUCCCACAUCUGCUGCAAUUGUCUCAAAUUCCAAAUCCAACACCACCAUCUCAAAUUGCACACCUGCUGCCACCAGCUUAAAUGCCACACCUACUGCCAGCAACUCAAAUUACACACCUGCUGCCACCAUGUCAGAGCCCAAACAUACUGCCACCUUCUCAGAGUCUGCCACUGUCCCCACAACAUCUGCAGGACAAUUCAUCCCAGUCAGUAAACAUCCUACUAACAAUGCAGAACAAAGAAGAAUAAACAUCAAACAGAGAAAGAGAAAAGACAGAGCAAAUGAAAGAAAAAGCUCUUCUGGCAAAGCUGAAGCAAGAGAAACCCCUGUCAAGAGUUCAAGCACAGAAAACAGAAAGUUCAAGCGUCUCUGUAUGGGAGAAGCAGCAGACAGUGGAGGGGAGAGCGAUUCGAUGAACGUGGAUGAGUCUACCUGUUCUGCCCCAGAGGAGGACACCAUGGAUCAUGAAUCUGCUGCGGACUCCCACCAUGUGCCACCUACUGAGGACCUCAGCAUGCAGUGUGACUGAAGUUUAUUACGCUUCACCUUUCAGUUUUUUACUGAUUAUUUUAUACUGCUAAAAGUCUUUAUGUUGUUGGUUAUUUUGGUUAUUUUUAUACAGAUCUUGUAUAUACUGUAUACGUACGGUGUUCCAGCUGUUUUAUGUAGUGUCUGUUAGAUUUUAUUAAAAAUCUGAAUUGUAAAUUAAUUGUAGUUGAAGUAAAUACAUCAUACCAUUUAACAAAAAUCUGAAUAUUUCAGAAAAUGUCAUCUCACACUGCAGAAAUCACGGGGUUUUAUUUAUUACAUUUUCAAAUUUGUUUUAAUUAUUUAUUUCUUAUGUUUAACCAGAUCAGAGCUUUCUUCAAAAAUAAUUUUUGACAUUUAACAUGGUUUCCCAGAGAAUUCUGAUGGCUGCCAUGAAUGAAUUAUAUUAAUGUGUUACAGAAUAGGUAAACUAGCCAAACAGGUUAUUGUUGUAAAUGCACUGUGUGUGAUGUAUCUGUACGGGAUGUUGUUGUGAUUAAAUGUCUUGAAAUUAUAUAUCAGCAAAAAUAA